UUCUACCAAAAACGACAUCGUUUUUGAAUCACGGGACGGAUACAAAUUCACUCUAAAGCUUAAAGAGCUACCAAGACUUUCUUUGGACAGUAGACAAAAUUCAAUGAGGAGUUUUAAUUCGGAAUCAAAAUCUAGCUUUCUUUCGAGAAAUUCAGAGGAAGUCAAUUCUAGUGGCAAGGUUUCAAGUUCACAGCAAACAUCAGGAACCCAGGCACGAUCUCCCAGUGUUGUAGCAAAGUUAAUGGGCUUGGAAGCAUUGCCAGAGUCUGCCUCAACCACCGACAGUAAUAUUGGUUCAGCAAAAACCUGCAUUGGAGCAUUCUGA